CUGGGGUAAUAUAUAUUAAUCAUUAUUUCUAUUUAUAAGUGUUCUGGGUAAGUUAUGUAUUAAUCAGUAUUUCUAUUGCUCAGAGCUCUGGGCUGGAUUCCAAUCCUGUGUUCGGCGCUCUGCUCUCUCAGUCUGCGGAUCGGCCGUUGAUUGCUCGGUCUGAGCUCGUCACACCGCGCGAGCGGCAAACUUCGAACUGAGAGAAGUGGGCGGGGCUCCGGGGCCCUAACAGCUGCGGUAAGCAGGGGCCACAGGGCGCAUACUGUGUGUUAGCAGGGGCCACAGGGAGCAUACUGUGUGUGUUAGCGGGGGCCACAGGGCGCAUACUGUGUGUUAGCAGGGGCCACAGGGCGCAUACUGUGUGUUAGCGGGGGCCACAGGGCGCAUACUGUGUGUGUUAGCAGGGGCCACAGGGCGCAUACUGUGUGUGUUAGCGGGGGCCACAGGGCGCAUAGUGUGUGUUAGCAGGGGCUACAGGGUGCAUUCUGUGUGUGUUAGCAGGGGCCACAGGGUGCAUUCUGUGUGUGUUAGCGGGGGCCACAGGGCGCAUACUGUGUGUGUUAGCGGGGGCCACAGGGCGCAUACUGUGUGUGUUAGCGGGGGCCACAGGGCGCAUACUGUGUGUGUUAGCGGGGGCCACAGGGCGCAUAGUGUGUGUGUUAGCGGGGGCCACAGGGCGCAUAGUGUGUGUGUUAGCGGGGGCCACAGGGCGCAUACUGUGUGUGUUAGCGGGGGCCACAGGGCUCAUACUGCGUGUGUUAGCGGGGGCCACAGGGCGCAUACUGUGUGUGUUAGCGGGGGCCACAGGGCGCAUACUGUGUGUGUUAGCGGGGGCCACAGGGCGCAUACUGUGUGUGUUAGUGGGGGCCACAGGGUGCAUACUGUGUGUUAGCAGGGGCCACAGGGAGCAUACUGUGUGUUAGCGGGGGCCACAGGGAGCAUACUGUGUGUUAGCGGGGGCCACAGGGAGCAUACUGUGCUUGAGGCCACAGGGCUCAUAGUGUGUGUGUUGGCGGGGCCACAGGGCUCAUACUGUGUGUGUGUGUUAGCGGGGGCCACAGAGCGCCUACUGUGUGUGUGUUGGCGGGGGCCACAGAGCAUACUGUGUGUGUGGCGGGGCCUGGGGGUAUACUGUGUGUGUGCUUGGGGGCCACAGGGAGCAUACUGUGUGUUAGGGGGCCACAGGGGCAUACCUGUGUUGGGCACAUUUGCUCUGUGUGUUAGCGGGGCCACAGAGCAUACUGUGUGUGUUAGCGGGGGCCACAGGGAGCAUACUGUGUGUGUUAGCGGGGGCCACAGGGCGCAUAGUGUGUGUGUUAGCGGGGGCCACAGGGCGCAUACUGUGUGUGUUAGCGGGGGCCACAGGGCGCAUACUGUGUGUGUUAGCGGGGGCCACAGGGCGCAUACUGUGUGUGUUAGCGGGGGCCACAGGGCGCAUACUGUGUGUGUUAGCGGGGGCCACAGGGCGCAUACUGUGUGUGUUAGUGGGGGCCACAGGGUGCAUACUGUGUGUUAGCAGGGGCCACAGGGAGCAUACUGUGUGUUAGCGGGGGCCACAGGGAGCAUACUGUGUGUGUGUUAGCGGGGGGCCACAGAGCAUAGUGUGUGUUAGCAGGGGCCACAGGGAGCAUACUGUGUGUUAGCGGGGGCCACAGGGAGCAUACUGUGUGUGUUAGCGGGGGCCACAGGGCGCAUACUGUGUGUGUUAGCGGGGGCCACAGGGAGCAUAGUGUGUGUUAGCAGGGGCCACAGGGAGCAUACUGUGUGUUAGCAAGGGCCACUGGGCUCAUAGUGUGUGUUAGCAGGGGCCACAGGGCGCAUAGUGUGUGUUAGCAGGGGCCACGGGGUGCACUCUGUCACAAAAGGGGGUGCCAACAUGGAGCAUAGAAACCUUAGGUUUUACUCUGAAAGGUUCGAGGGAGCCACAGGAAGCUGGGGAGCACUCUGUUAUCAGGGCCACAGUACUGAAUUGUUAGCAUUAAGGCUAAACCAGACCUGUAUUUUAAACAUCAGAUCUUUUUGUCUGUUGGCAGUGCUAGCAGUCAGCAGGCAAAGAGUUAAAAAAAAAAAAAAAGUGUCAUUCACCAUUGUAAAUUCCCAUAAGAUCUAGGGCUCAAUUUUAAAAUUCUGGUACUUGUUUACAAAUCUGUACAUAAAGCUGCUCCUUCCUACCUGUCCACCCUAAUACACAAGUAUGUCCCGUCUAGGCUCCUACGUUCUACUGAAGACCGUUGUUUAUUCUCUGUUCGUUCUCUCAGCUCUGAUGCUCACCUCCAAAUCUUCUCUAGGGCUGCACCUUUCCUGUGGAACUCCGUUCCCUGUUCCAUAAGACACUCACUCAGUCAACAAUCCUUUAAAAAAAAUAAUUGUAAGCUCACUUCUCUAGGAAAGCAUAUCGAUUAAGCUGUUAAUAGCUUUCCCUCCCGCACCAUGCUUCCUCUCCUGUCAUGUCAUCCAAAAAAAAAAACAGACCACUAAGCCUUCAGCAAAAACCUAUCCUAGCAACCUACUUUUCUACCCUACCAUUACCCUUUGUGUCACUAUACCCCACUCCCUAUAGCAUACAAGCUCAUUUGAGCAGGGCCCUUAACCCCCUCAGUUCCUGUGUGUCCAACUCGUCUGGUUACAAAUUCUUGUCUGUUUGUUCACCCAUUGUACAGGGCUGUGGAAAUUGUUGGUGCUUUAUAAAUAAUAAUUAUAAUAAAAAGGAAAAAAUAAAAUGUAAAAAAUAGGCAUAUGUGAGUGAGGCUGUUAUAAAUUUACUUGAACCUCAUCAGAAAAAGGGCUAAUUAAAUCCGUUAUUGUAACUACUAAUACUAUUAUUACAGGGAACCAAUCUGGAAGCAGUUAAAGCACAGUAGAGAGAUUGGCGGUCUGAGAGAGAACAGUAUCCAUGGAGUACCAAGAGAUCACCAAUCACCCAGCCGAGUCCUCCACAAAGCAGCUGUCACUAGACAUGGUGUUCCUGUGUAAGAGCUGCAAUACUGUGCUGGGGGACUCGCACAGCUUCUGCGGGACACAUGACAGACUGCAAGUCAUAAUCUUCCCAAGUGAGUACUGGGGUCAUCCUACGGUUCACUGACUACCAGAGUGCAUGGCAACCCAGUUGGUUACUGCCUGUCCUAGUGAGUACUUGUGUUACACUGCAGGUUAUUGCCUGCCUGAGUGAGCAAUGGGGUUACACUGCUGGUCACUGCCUGCCUGAGUGAGCAAUAGGCUCACCCUGUUGUUUGUUGAGCACAACAGGACCACCCUGCAGGUCGCUGCUUGCUCAAAUGGGUAAUAGGAUAACUAUGCAGGUAUUUACCUGCCUGGGAGAGUAACUAAAUCACUGUGCGGGUCAUAACUUACCUGAAUCAAUAAUUGGGGUCACCUUGUGGGUCACUGCCUGGCAGAGUAAAUAAUAGGGUCACCAUGUGUAUCUUAACCUGCCUGAGUAUUGGUGUCACACUGGAGGUCAUAACCUGCCCUUGUGAGUAACUGGUGUCCUAAGAAACUAAUAGAAUAGAAAGUAAUUGACAAAGUACUAAUAGAGUGCUAUAAAUAAACUGGAACUCUCCAUCCUCUGCAUGACUAGUUUCAGGUCCUUGAUAGAUGAAGCUGCCAUGAGUUGAAUCAGUGGCGUGCUCUUGCGCAUGUCCAAAGGUAUGAAAAAGUAGCUCUGUCCUCCAUAGAUCAUCUCUUGCAGUCACAUUGAAGUUCCAUAGGCAUCAUAAGCACAUCACUGAAAAAAUUCCUUCUCUUUCAUCAGCUCCUCUCCAGCGAGUAGGAAUCUCUCCUGUUAUGUGAUUGCUACUUUUUAUGUAAACUCCUCUGGUUUUUCCCGUAAUCUUCUAUCUCGCACUUAUUUCUUAUUAUAAUGGCUCUGCCUUACAAAACGUAUCACGUCUUCCCAAUGCAGGAUUGAAUCAAUGCGCAGAGCAUGGAAGCAUUGAACGUCUGCAGCACUGCCCCAGGUAGCACUUCUAGUAGCCAUUUGAGGAUUGCCCGCUUGAGGUGUCCCGAAACUGCCUUUUCUAUGACAAGGCAAUGUUUACAGCAAAAAGCUUGAACGGACUGACUGUAAUCACCAGAACAGUUACAUUAAGCUGUAAUUGUUCUGGUGACUAUAGUGUCCCUUUAACAUACAUACAGUUCCUGGACAGGCCAGGUGACCAUAUUUACUUCUCACAGCUCAGUGUAUAAAUGAAAUGUGACAGCAAGAUGUGUCAGACACACUGACUGGGUUAAGUAAAUAAAAUAUAAUUUAAAAAUUCACAGUCCUACAAAUGUGGCUGCUCUGCAGAUAGCACCAUUUAUUUUGUAAGAUAGUAAAACUAUAUAUUUUUAAUGUAUUCAUUUGUUGUCUAUUUAUCCAGCACAAUCUAUGGAUUAAAUUGGUGAACUUGUAGUUUCCGUGUUUUGUAAGUGACAGAUUCAGUAGCUCUGAACAAUUCUCACCCAAGACCAGGAAAUGUCCAAUGGAAUAUACUGCCUGGGUGCAGUUGUAGAAGGUGGCAGAAUGUGGACACGUUGAAUGAUGAGCCUAAAUCCAGACAAUCCAAAUGAACUGAAGCCACAUGUUCUUGUAUCUGCCCAAUCAAAAAUUAUACCUAUAACUAGUAUUUUUAGUAAUAUUUUCUUUCUUCUUCUUCUAGGCAUGAUUAGUAUUAAUUCUGACCUUGUUUUACUUUUAGGAGUUACUGAUAAUGUGAUUGUGGAAACAGGACUGCUUUUAUUUAUGGACGGUGACAUGAACGGUUGGUAUGUAGUUUUGUUUUAUGUCUGAAAAAAUGCGCACUGCAUGAAUAAAGCUUCUUGAGUAGGGAGAUAAACCUCUUUUAAUGUUUAAAAUUUAAGGGGGUGUACCUUUUUUAUUUAUUUUUUUACGUGGUGGGAGGGGGGAUUUGUGUGUGUUUGUGGGAUAUCUAGUACAUACUUUAUUAUCUGUUACAUUUCAAUCCACACUAGACGUUCUAACUCUGUAGAAACAGAGUUGGAUUUCCUUAUAUAUUUGAAUCUAUUAUAAUUAAGGGUUAUACAGUAGGCAAGUGCUAGUGCUGGCUGGACAUAGGCGAACUAACUCUAAGUAUCUUUGCAAACUUUUUAAGGAGGUUAAAGGAAAACUAAUUGUAUUCCUAGCUUUUGUACCCUAUAGUGCCUCCACACUUGCGCGUCUGGGACCUAGUGGUAGACAGUCACUAGAGGUGGAUUUAGCUCUGCAAAUGUAUUAUUGCUGAAUGGUUUGGGUGUCUAUAGUUUCCCUUUAAAGGGAUCCUAUAGUUUGUUUUCCUGGCACUAUAGGGUUAAUAUGUCCCCCCAUUCCCUCGCUGGGCUGAAGGGGUUAAAAACCCCUUCAGCCACUUACCUUAAUCCAGCUCCGGGCUCCCUCGGCGCCGGUGACCUCUCCUCCCCCUGCUGACGCCAGCUCCCUAGUGGAGCUGAAUGCGCAUGUCACACCCACCCAUAGGAAAGCAUUACUCAGUGCUUUCCUAUGGGGAUCCUUUUUGACGCUGGACUCUGUGAGGACGUCCACCGUCAUUUCAGUGCGAUUUACUCACUGAGAAUCGUGGAAGCGGCCUCUAGUGGCUGUCAGGGAGGCUGGAUUAACCCUGUAGUGUAAACAUUGCAGUUUCUUGGAAGCUGCUAUGUUUUCAGCUGCAGGGUUAAAACCUGGGGGACCUGGCAGCCAGACCACUUCAUUGAGCUAAAGUGGUCUGGGUGCCUAUAGUGGUCCUUUGAGUAAGCCCCACUUCCUGUGUGAAGAAAGUUUUCCCACAAUACUCACCUUUCCUCCAUAUUCUCGCAUUGCCAACAUUUGGUAUUUCCGAGCGUCUUCUCAUGUAGAUAAGGGCGACGCCGAAAUGACUAAAUUUUGUCCAAACAGAAAGUUGACAGUUUGUUCAUUUGUUUUAGGACUAAAUUAUAUAAUUUUCGGUUUCGAAAUUGCAUGAAAUGGCAAUCCCAUAAUUAUUAUGGAGCUAUCUACUAAAAAUCUGAAACACUCAAACUGGUCUUUCAGUCAACUUUACUAAGUAAAUAUUACUUUGUAAAUGAACAUAGGUUUAAUUCUCCCUCUUGCCAGAUCUACUAAACAGUGAGCAGCCAGUGUCCUGAUGUGCAACAUUUCAAGCAGAAACACUGCACAUACAGAUUUGAAGCACCAUGACUAUUUUUAAAAUCACAAAUGGUACCUCUUUUUAAAUUUACACAAAUUCUCACUUUAAUAAAUAACCCUGCCGGCCUUUACCCUAGCAUACCUGUUCCUACCUCUCCCAGUCAUGUCUCUGUAAAAAUAUAUCUAUUCCUUCCUACUUCUAACUACUCUUAUUGUACCAUAUCUAUAUCCCAUAUCCUUGUACCUUCAUUAUCUGCAAGCUCAUGGAGUUGGUCAUAGAAGAUAAAGUUGAUAGAAAAGUUAGGGAAGUUAGGGAGGACUUGGGUGGCAUGGAAUUGGCUGGUUAAUGAUGCUCUGGGAGCUGGAGUUAUUCCACGUGCAGCAAAGAAACUCCAUACACCAUGACUACUUUUUAACACUGAUGUGUGUGUGUUGGCAAAUGUAGUGAUUCUAUUCCAGGGCUCAAAAAAAAUCCCCGGUCGCCAUGGCGGCUAAGAAUUUUGUCCUGGCGUCUUAUAGUAUACUUAGCCCGUUCAUUCUCUCUCCUCAAUCCCUGUGCAGCACUCUUUGCGGCAGUGUACCUGGAGUAAGUAAAGGUAAACUAUAUUUUCUUCCUCCCAGCGCUGAGGCUGUGCAGGGGCAUAGCACACUGGCAGGACACAAAGCAAAGAGUGCUCUGCUCGCCAUCCAUCCCCAUUCCACAGAGCCGACCUCCAGCCUGCUCCAUUCCGCAGAGCUAGCUGCCUGCCUAUUCCUCUGAGCAGACUCAGCGCUUGGAGGAAGUAAUUACAGUUUUCUUCACUUCCUCCUGGCACACAGAAAGCUGCACGGCAAUGGAGAGACAGGAGAAGGGGGAGUCUGGAACAGCGGCAGCCUACUCCCAUCAGCCGCAGCCAGUCCCACUAACCUGAUGUCUCCUGCUGCUGCCCAGUCCAACUGGAUCCCGGGGAAGCCAUCCUCCUGAGCCCACAAGUCAGGAAACAGGAGUGUGGGUAAAAAUGUUUUUAUUUUACUUUUUUAUUUAUUUCUGUGUAUCUGUCAUGUGUGUAUCUGUGAAUCUUCGUGUGUGUAUAUAUUUGUCUAUUUGUGUGUAUCAAAUAAUAAUAAAUAAUACUUUGUGAGUGUGUGAGAGAAUGUGUGUGUCUGUCUCUGUAUGUGUGUGUAAUUUUGUUAGUCUGGGUAUCUGUCAGUGAAUGUGUAUUUUUAGGUCACCAGCCCCCCAUGGGAAUGGUGUUUAUACUCACCUUUUCCAACGCCGUGCCAGUCUCGCCGCAGCUGGCCUGCCUCCAUAGCUGAGAUUAUCAAUUGCCAAUCAGCAUCUCUUCACAGAGAUGCAUUAAAUCAAUGGAUCUCUAUGGGGAAUGUUUAGCGCCUCCAUGCAGAGUGUGGAGAUGCAGAAUGUAGGUGCUGCACAUUGUAUAGCACUGAGAUAGAAGACACUUUAGUGGGCUUUUGAGUGACUGCCACUAGAGGUGUUACUAGGCAGCAAUGUAAACACUACCUUUUCUCUGAAAAGGCAGAGUUUACCGUGCUCAGCCUGCAGGAACAUGCUAUAGACACUAGCGCCACUACAAUAAGCUGUAGUCUGUAAACUUAUAGUGUUCCCUUAAGAAUUGUAAUUUUGUUGUUGCAAAAAAACUGGCUCCUAAGUUUUUUUUUUUUUAGCUGGCUCCUAGAUUCCAUGCACAUUUGUCAAGCCUGCUCUAUUUUACUUUAACAUUUUGGGAGCAUUUAAAAAAAAUAUAAAAACCUAACAAACCUCUAUGGUUGCAUUAAUUUACUCGAAUGAUGCGCAGUAGGCCUGAAUUUACUGAACUGAUGUGAACUUCUGUUUAUAUCAGUAGGUGAGUGCACCUAGUGGGUCAGUAAUCGUGAGUGUGCUGAUAUAUUGCAUAGUUGAGGUACAGGGUUUCUAUAUCGGAGUAGUGACGCAAUGUUAGGGUCUUGGGUUCAGCGUUGGUUGGUGGUCCUCUGUAUGAGGUGAACAGUCGAGGGUCAAUGACAUUGUGGGGAUGUCAUGCAAGGUUGCCUGUCGUGUUGGUUCCUGCAUUGAGAUUGUUCUGUACGGGUGUCAGUGUGAUGGAUUCCAACAAGGAACUGUACAUUGCAAUUAACCAAAGGGGCUGCAGGGGGAGUGGGGUUGAGGUGUAGUGUAUGCCUCGCCUAGGAGUUGUUACUGGAUGACCUCUGAACUCUAGAGCCGUCUGGGUCACUACCGCGUAGGGUGGUCUUCCAUCAAUGUAAGUCUCAGUGGAGCCGCUGUGGAGUGUUGUAUAGCUUAGUCAAACCGUAAAACAAUAUUAAUCAAACACAAUUUAAGAGCAACCAUAUGAGAAAAGCUAGAAAAUAAAACUUUGUCAUUUAAGUUGCAGGUCUCUUUCAGUAGUCUUUAGAGCAGACACCAACAUCUCCGUUGCCAACUGCUUUUAGGUGACCAGUUGCCUCUCCACUCCCAUUCUUGGAACAAAGGGUAUGGUAGUGGCCGGGUCCCAUGACCUGCCCAGGGCAUUGGUUUUUGGGCCAGUCCGUGGUUCUGCCAGUCCCAGUGAUGGAAGGAACUUAUGUGCGGCUGCCAGGUCAGUGAGUAAGUGGUUCUGUAGUGGGUUGCUUCUAGCGUGCCCGGUUUUUCCGAGCGGUUAGCUAUGCCUGCAGCGCUCAAUUGUUGCGUGACUUGUGUGAGCGAUUUGCACUAUUGUAGGGUUUCUCUGAUAAGAUUUUGAUAGGUCAAUUGUGUUUAUUCGAAGGUUAGUGGCCUUUUACCUCUCAGGGCUGCCAUGAUAUACCCCCUAUCUUGUGCCGAGGUGCAUCUUACGAUGGCGUCUCUGGCGGUGUGCAGUGGUGGCCUGGUGGGCCCUGGGAUUAUGUACACCCCAUCUAGCAUGAUUUUCUUUGGGGGGGCAAUAUUGUUGCCAUCAAUCUCCUGACAUAGUGGGGUAGCUCCUCUGCCGAUAUUGCUGUCGGUAUGCCCCUGAUUUUGACAUUAUUGGUCUUCGAUGACGGUCAUCUGUAGUGAGUGUUUGAUGCGAUUUAGUCAGCUGCUGUACCGUGGGGUGUAUGUUGGUGAGGCCUGCAUUUAUGUCUAUAAAGUCCUCUCCUGUAGCCCGGACCCUGUCAGUGGUGUUUUGCAUGUCUGAGCGUAUUAUUGCAAGCUUAGUGAUGGACCGGGUGGCAGGUCCCGACUGCUUGUUGCCACGGAAGCUGGGAAUCCCCGUCUGUGGAUCAGUAAGUUGGUAGCUUCGCUGUAGUAAAGGGCCCCUUUGCUUUUCCGCCGCCUGGACAGCCUCGAGGUAUCAGUUUUGCUGUGAUCUGGUGGUCCCUGGUUGCGCUGCCAUUUCAGGGUUGCCUCCUGUUUCUGCCAUUUUGGUCGUGGGGAGCCCUCUCAGGCCCAGGCACUACAGACCGCGAAGACAGUCUCCUGGGACUGGGAUGACCCUCCGGUCCAAAGGGGGGGGAUAUGGGGCCCUUACCACGUGGUGUCGGAGUUCUGAAGGGAAACCGCAGGGCAGGAUAGCGAGGUGGCGGCCCUCCACCUCACUCACCGCUCGGGUAGGCCUUAGAUGGAGCUGUGCUGAUGUGCCUUCUCGGGGUCAAAACGCUUGGAAUCAGAGUAGCCUCAGCUCCAGCACCUUCUUUGCCCGCAGUACCGCUGCUGCUUAACUGUAGAUGAUUAGCUUAUUUGCUUUUUAUGAUUAUAAUUGUCGUUCGUCUGCAGGAGCUUGUCUUGUCUCAGCAUGGUGGUCGGCCCCGCUCCCCCACGGUAAAGGAGUUUAAGCAUGCGUGGAAUAGGCAUAAGGCUAUCCUAACUAUAAGAUAAGGCCAGGGACUAAUGAAAGUAUUUAGAAAAUUGGGCAGACUAGAUGGGCCAAAUGGUUCUUAUCUGCUGUCACAUUCUAUGUUUCUAUGUUAGAAAUGGUGUCCGCUCGGCUUCGCUGUUGGGUCCGCCCCCGUACAUGCUGUUUUAAGUACUGCUUUAUUUCAGGUUUCUCUAAAGCAUUUUCAGUUCAUUGCUAGGCAGCCGGUGAAAAGAUGAGAAGCUUGUUAUCUUGUUAGUCUUUUGUUGUGGUAGCUGAAAGCUUCUAUUUUAGUAUUUCCAAAGAUUGCUGACCUGUUAAAGCCACCAGCUGAGUCCAGACAGGACUAGCUGGCCUCCUGCUUCUCUGUUGCUGCUGUGAACAGAAAUGGAUGAUAAAACAUAAUUUUGAUUGAUUAUAUGUUGCUUUCAUUUUACUCUUACAAAGCUCUUUUUUUCAGCCCUAUUCAAAUACACGCUUACUAUUAAGUUCCUGGUAGAGCUGUCCAAUACCAAGGUCCACUAUAGCCAUUUUGGUUCCAAAUAAUGCUGGCAUCUUCAUGCCACUAGCUGAGUCAUACAGGGACUCUGCAACCGUCUGCAUUGGACUAGCUGGUCUCCUAUAGCUAUAGUGUCCCUUGAAAUAUAUUCUCUAGAGUGGGAGGUGGUUCCCCGGAAGAGCCAGCACUUGGCGAAACGCGUGUCGGGAAUCGGUUGGCAGAGGUUUUGGCACUUAGAUUAGGGAUAUUGUAUUGGUACCUUCACAAGAUAAGAUAAGCCACCUCGCUAAGAUCAAUCUUUAUUUUAUUUAUUUAUAUUUUUCUUUUCUUUUUAGAAGUCCCAUACUUGUGGGAAAGUGGGAGGGAGUUUUAGCUUUAGACUUUUUUAAGGGGUUCCCUCGAAGGCACGGUAGGUUAGGAUUGAUUUAUCCGUACUUGGCUCUUUUCAUCCCUACCCACUCCGUUAGUGGCAAUUAGACAGACAGACCCCUCCUUUUACUUUUCGUUUUCCUCUCCACCCAAGCAAUUGUUCUAAUUCUAAACCUGCAUAUAUAUAUUGUGAACUAGUAUGUAUUAGGACCUUUUGAUUAUAAUAACCUUUUCACAUCCCUGACUUGGGUAUUUUAAAAUAAUUGAUUAAAAGUGACGUUUUAAUUUUUCAUUAAGGGUUGCUCUCCCAUUUCUCAGAAGGAAGACUUGAGAGGUAGUGAUAAUUUCUUAUCUCCUAGUCUCCCCUUAAGUUCUCAUAUUUUUGUAUUUGGUAUAGGGGUUACCCCCCAUUCUCACAAGCAUCCGGACACGUUCUCCCUUUUUUUUUUUUAUUCUUUUUUUUUGCAUGUGCAUAUAAAUAACAGACAAGCAUGCAGGGCCACGACAGCAACUGCAGGCAUAUUCAUGGCAAUUCAAUGAGUGGCAUUUGAUACAGCACAUUUUUUUUUAUACACGAGAACAACAAGUUUUGUUUCUUUCUAGACAUGCAUAUGACAUACCUAAGUACUUCCAGGGUUAAUAAUAUGUUUAGUGGAUUAACAGUUAUUUUUCAAGCUAGGACAACAACAUAACUAUCAUAUUAUUAGAGUUAGGUAGUCGCUAUGAAACAAUGUUAGAUUAGAUUAAUCAUGUUAAUGAGGCUAUAGCUUAUAAGCAUGUUAUGCAGUAUAGUAGUAGUUGGAAAAUGCGUGGUUAUCACCCUGGUGGAUCGUGGAGUCCCCGAGCUGCCUCCGUGGGAAAGGGUUGGCAUCCUAGUGAGUCCAAGACUUUUCAUAUAGGUGCAGUCCAGUUUUUCCCCAAUACCUGCUCUGUUGUGACUAUGUAGUGGGGAGCAAGCGUCCUUCAGAGCAGGCCUCGGAGCAUGCGUUGUCUAUGUGUAAUUCUGCGUUGUUCACUGUGGUCCUCCGAGGUAUAGCCUGAGCAGAGUGGGCUUGCUGCUUUUGGUCAUCCGCCGGUUGGUGUCCGCCAUGUUUAAGCGUUGGGGGUAUCCGCGGAGAUCUGUAGCUCUCCGAGGUGUCCUGUUAAAGGCUGAGUAGUAAGUGGGUACAGGGUUGGUCUGCUAGCAGAGGUGUUUUGCUGGGCAGAAGGCACAGGAAUGGUCGAUGCUUGAUAUCCUAUCUCUUCAGUGCCGCUGCUGUCACCCAUCCCUUCGAGCCACCUGUUGCUCGUGUUGUUGGCUUGUGUUGUUGCGGGGAUUAGCCACGAACAUUGGUGCUUCCCUGUGUGGCGGGAUCUUAUAUCAGGAGUUGUUUUGUGGGUGGUGGACACUAGGAGGGAGGCUUUUUUCCCCUUUUCCUCAUGCCGUCAGCGCACAUGGCGCCCGCCAUCUUGGAGGCAGCGGUCGGGUUCCCCGGCCUCAAUUGCAGACUCCCGCUUAUGGCCACUGGGUGAGGACCGGGAUCACCCCCCCGGUCCAUAGAGGGGGGGGGGGAACGGAGCCGGGUCUUCGCCGAUCAGUGCUUUUGGCCAGGCUCAGUGGUGCAGGAUAGUGAGGCAGCGGCCGUCUGCCCCACUCACCGCCGGAGAAGGUCCGGGUUAGGGCACCGAGAUCCACUCCCCCAGGGGACUGUAGCUCAGCGAGCCAGCCUCUCCCCGGGUCCAGCUGUUCCCCGGCACUGGGCAUCUGUGCUGUCGGUCCACUUUAGGUUAAAGAUCCAUGUCUUUAGCGAGUUUUCAGUAGUGUUUUGCCGGAGUCGCUCUGGCUUGCGACCGUCCAGCUCGGCGGCCCGGCCCCGCCCCACGUUCUCCCUUCUUAAAUCUUUCUUUUUAACUUAUUACAUGAAGGUAUUUAUGGUUAGGAGUGACAGAGGCUGGUGAGAGAGAUGGGGGUAUGCAACUGAAAAAGUUUUCCAAACAAAUUCUAUCACACAAAAGCUUAAUAAAGGUGUACGUGAUAUAUUGGUGUAACACAUUAAAUGACAAUAAUAAACUGCAUGAACAGAGAAUUACAUUGGCGAACUACAGGCAUAAAUGGUAACAAUACUAUAGUAACAAAAUAAGAAUAAAUGAAGUGGAGUAUCUUCCAAGCUUAGUAACACCUUAAAUCUGCAGAGAGAUUCAAAACGAAGAGAUUCUUGGUUCUGCGUGGGAAGUGGGUGUCUCUCAUUAUGCCUUGUGUUUCAGGCCACCAGUAUCUAUUUUUUUUUUUUUUUUAAAUAUAUGUAUUAUAUAUUUUGCAUUAUCCUGGUGUUUUUAUUUAUUUUUCUUUCCUCACAUGUAUGCUAGUUUGGGUAUUACCAUUUAGUGAUGAUGCCAGCAUGGGUCCCCUGCCCUUUUUUUAAAUCAGAUUGUAUCCAAUGUGACCUUCAGGAGCUCAGAACAAGACUGAGGAUAUUGUGACCAGGGAAUAUAUUUCAAGGGACACUAGUCACCAGAACAACAACUACCUUUUGUAAUAUGGUGUUUAUAGCUAGUCCCUGCAGGCUAUAUGCAGUAAACACUGUAUUUACAGUGUCUAGAGAUGUCAGCCAAGGAGGCAGAUCGGGGCAGAGCCAGCACCAGCAUAUUGGAAUAAAAGUAAGAUCUUACUAUAUUUAGGGAGGCCAGGGGGGCUAGAUGAAUUUUUAUUUUUUUUAACACUAUAAGGUCAGAAAUACAUGUUUGUGUUCCUGACCAUAUAGUUUUCCUUUAAAGGUUUUCACUUCCUCUCCACAUCAGCCAAGUUGGCAAAGCUAAACCUUUAGUGAUGCUACCAUGGUUUUAUCCAGGAAUUUUUUUUUCAAAUAACGUACUUACUGUUAAUUUCCUGGCAGAGCAUCCUGAUUCCUGUGUUCUCUAUAGCCGUGUCAGCUACAAAGAUUGCUGGCAUAUUCAUACCACCAGUUGAGUCAUGCUGGGACUCCGCAACUGUAGUCAUUGGAGAAGCUGGUCUCCUGCUUUAUGGUGCCGUCCAAUCUUCCUGUUACUGCUAUUACCAGAAAUAGAUAAUAAAUAUAAUUUCUCUCUCUCUUUUUUUUUUUUUACUUUUUUUUUUGUUACAAAUAUUUGUUUUCAGACAUAUUCAAAUAACGUACUUACUGUUAAGUUCCUGGCAGAGCUGUCUGAUUUUCCAGAGUUCUCUGUAGCCACUUUUGUUCAUCACUAGCCAGUUUGUAAAUGUCAGAGGAGCCGGAAAUUAUUUUUGAAGCCUGAUUGAACCGUUUACUAGCUAUCCUAUAGUCAUAGUGGAGAGCUUCUGGUUUUGUUUUUCCCAAGAUUGUUGGCAACUUCGUAACCAGAGGUGAAUCAUGGAGGGGCUGCACAACCUUAGGCAUUGGUGGAAGAGGUUUCCUGCUCUGCAGGUCCCCUGAAACCUGACUGAACCGUCUUACUACUCUUGCAUCAUUGUUGUAGAGAGCUUUUGUUUUUGCAUCUCUGACAAUUGCUUGCAUCUUUGCCCCACCACUCGAGUCAUUGCGGGACUCCACAACCUUAGGUAUUGGUGGAGCUGGUCUCUUGCUCCUGAGGUCCCCAGCUUUCGUGUUGCUGCUACGACUGCACAGGUCUGAAAUCUUUGGAAGGUUCAUGCGCCCUGAGUCCUUGUUAUCUUUUCCUCGGCUCUGCUGACAUGCUUUGGUUGUAUCAGCCGGCUUAACAGGUUUUUGUUUAAACUGAUAUUGAGGCCUGGGUUUGUGCACGGGUGGCAGCAUCCUCUCAUAGAGAGCUAUACGCUGUUUGAUGCCGUUUUCUGGUUCUGUUGACGUUUCCGUGAAAAGGUGUUGAGCCAGCAUGUGAUUCAGGCUUUUGUAUGUUAAUAAAGACCCAUAUUGUUUCCAUGUGUCUUGCCUUGGGAAUAGCCGUACAAACCCCCCUUGCCUCUUUUCCUCCUCCCUGACGUCUUGAACAAUUGCCAUCCAUUCGUCAUAUAGGGAGGGUUUAGUCUGUAAUGCAGAUGUCAUGCAAUAGCCGGCUUUAAUAUUUUUUUCCGUGGUUGCUGGACCUCCUUUCUUUUCAGGUUUGAGGUCUUUACACUCCAGGCCAACCAAUGUAAGCAUGUCUGCUAUUAAAUUUGCCUUUAGUCAUUGCACUGUUUAGCACUUUUAAACCAAGUGGAGAAUAAGGAUCCAGAGAUGGUGACGAAUUGACUUCCAUCAGCCAAGGCUUUAGGUUUUCGUCAAUUAGCAUGUCAGAACCGUACAGUUCAAAGCAGUUUUUUUUGCCAGCCAGAACUCCUGAACAUUCUACAGUGAUUGAUCCUUCCACAGAAAUUAUUGUUUUAAUAAUUAGAUCUUCAAUUUCAGCCAUGAGCGUUGUUGUAUCUUUUCCCUUCUGUUUUAAAUGACGCAGCAUAGCGCUCAUGGUCCAUUGGCUACCAUAGUUCUCGUCCUCAGGAUCAUCGUUAGCCACAAAGCAAGGGCUGUCCUUGUUUAUGCUAUAGUUGGUUAAAUGCAUGAAUUUGUUUUUCAUGGCGUGCUCUGCUGGUCUGUACUUUGAGGUAGCAAACCUGGCUAGUCCUUCUUCGUAGAAAUAAAUUAUUAAUGGGUCGUAUGAUGUGACUAGCACAUACAGACGUAAGUCGAACUUGUACCCUUUAACAAGAAGCGGAUUACUGAUAUAGCGUGAUACCAGGAGACGGUCUUUUGCGCUUAUCUGUGAUAGGGAAUUUAUAAGCCGAAUUCCGUGCCCUUGACAAGAUGCAACUGGCUUUACAAUCCAAGGACCUUGAUCUUUGGCAAUAACUUGAGAAAAGUCCUGGUAUUCGUCGGGGAGCACAUAGCUCUGAGGCAGAAAGUUGCAUUGUUGUUCCCCAUCUUUCUUCUGAAGCCUUUGAAUAUUUUUACAGAGAAAAUCUUUGCGGGACAACUCAGAGGAUCUGGGGAAGUGGUUUAUCUUUUUUCCUUUUGAAAGGUUUGCAUAACUGGGGUAUUGCAUGCCUGGUCCUGUCCACAUCAAUUGAAAAUCACUACUGCUUGUUUUGGCCUGUUUAAAUCCAUGAGCAGAUAGCAUGUUGCGGACCAGGGGACUCCCAUAACGGCUCAUUUUAUAGGUGAGUUUGUAACGUUUUAUUACCUCACGAAGGGGUGACACUCCAAUUACAGCCUCUGCCAUAAACUUCACAAGUUGUGUUUUGUUUGAACCUUCAGUCCACGGGAUAGAGGGGGUAUCAUCUUUGUGCCCUUUCCCAUGGCACUCUGAGACCUUCCCUCUUUUAUUCAGUUGUCAAGCCAUGAUUUAUUUGGCAGGUAUCAAUAUUGGAGCAAUAUUAAAUAAUCAAUUUGCUGCUGCUGUGUUAGCCUCCUACUCAGUCAAGUGCUAAACAGUGCAAUGACUAAGUUGGGCCGCAGCAGGACUGUUGCAUCUAAGGAGCAUUGAGGUCACGAAACAAUGGAGGCUCAUACAAAAAAUAUUUCCUUAGUUUUACCAUUGAACUUUUUUUUUUUUUUUUUUUGUCUCUUUUAUAUUUCUCUUUAUUAUAUUUUCUCAGAUACAAAAACAGACACAAUAUAAUAAUUGCAAGUGACCUUUUAUCUCCCUCAUAUGACAGUAACUUCUAUACUUGUUCCCCUUUUAUCCCCCUUCCUUCCCCCCCUCUUUGUUUUCCCUUUCAUUCCCUUCUCUCAUACAUUCCCUUUCUCUUUUUUACACUUUUUCUUCCAAAUUUAUAAAGUAUAGAAUAGUUAAUCUUUAUAGUGUCACCAAUAAAUUACUAAUUUGCAUUUGCACACUAACCUAUCACUUGAGAGAGUGUCACAAAUCUAUUUCAGAGAUGUGUAAUUCGUAUCGCCCGGGUAGGAUAUUUUUUCUUUUAGCCCUGCUGCGGGCUAGCAGCAGAGUUAAAGGACCACUAUAGUGCCAGGAAAACAUACUCGUUUUCCUGGCACUAUAGUGCCCUGAGGGUGCCCCCACCCUCAGGGUCCCCCUCCCGCCCGGCUCUGGAAGGGGGAAAGGGGUUUAAACUUACCUUUUUCCAGCGCUGGGCGGAGAGCUCUCCUCCUUCUCUCCUCCUCCGUUCCGCCCGUCGGCUGAAUGCGCACGCGCGGCAAGAGCUGCGCGCGCAUUCAGCCCGGUCACAUAGGAAAGCAUUAUCAAUGCUUUCCUAUGGACGCUGGCGUGCUCUCACUGUGAAAAUCACAGUGAGAAGCACGCAAGCGCCUCAGCGACUGUCAAUGAGACAGCCACUAGAGGAUUAGGGGGAAGGCUUAACCCAUUAAUAAACAUAGCAGUUUCUCUGAAACUGCUAUGUUUAUAAAAAAAAAUGGGUUAACCCUAGAAGGACCUGGUACCCAGACCACUUCAUUAAGCUGAAGUGGUCUGGGUGCCUAGAGUGGUCCUUUAAGGUUUUUUUUUCCCCUAUAGGAUCCAGGCCCCCGUACAGCUGCUUCUAACUCUCCAUCGUUAGUAAGGAAGGUAGGGCGCAGAACCCCAAGUAAGAAAUCAAACCAUUCUAAAAUGGUUUGACUUGUUACAACAAGAUGGUACCAGGACACCUCUGGCACCAUAACUUCUACAGCGAGCUGUAGGGGUUACGGUGCUUGCAAUGUUUUUUGCAGUUGGGUGACAAUUUUAUAUGACUUAUCCAUCUUCUUUAUUAUUUUUUUAUUCUAAUAUUUGAGAAUAUCAUGUACAUUUUAACCUUCUAUCCUUUUUCAAGACAUCUUCUAUCUGAAUAAACUUCCUUUCUCUUUUCAGUGCCUAUUAUCUCUUGCUUUGUAAAAAUUGCAAAACCAGCCUUGGCUUCAGCCUCUACACGGCAUCGAGAGCUUUUGCCUGCCUGCGAGGGUUAUUUUGCCUCGAAAAAGAGAAGCUGAUCUGGUAUGUGACAAGCUGUGAUAAUUAUUUAAGAUUAAAUACACUUUUGGAAUAUUUUAAUCCCUGUAAUGUUAUAUAAUGGACAAAAAAUACUAGAGAUGUGUUGGCAAUCUAAUGUAAAUGGGUGCAGGUAUAGAGGUUACCCUCGUUUGCAACCUCGGAAUGAUCCACAAGAAAUUUAUAAAUAAUAUCGCAUUAAAAUAAGGCUAGUCAUGCUUAAGUUAGAAAAAAUUUAAAAUAAUUUAUUUAUUUAUUUUUUUAUUCUUUUUUUUUUUUCCUGUGCAUGAAAAUUACAAGCAUGUAUAAUGUGCCACAACAGCACGCAUAUAUUAAUCAUCAAAAUUCUCAAUUUGGCACUAGAAAACUGCACUUUUUUUUUUUUUUUAUCAUUUUGAUACAAGCUAGACACAUUUUGUAGGCAUAUAGUGAAACGAGGACAUAUUAAACUCAUAUCAGUAAACAAUGAUGAAACAACAGGCUAAGCUUUGAGUGCUGUAACUGAUAGCAUGGGAGUGAUUAGCCAAGAUGAGCAUCUAAGAUGUGUAUGCAUGUUAAGGUGUAGCAGGUAGAUGUUCACUCAAAUAACAGUAGCAAUGUAGGUUUGAGCUAAGUUCCCUCAGGGAACCACUGGGUCACACUUGUCUACAGUGGCACUCAGCUUAAUCAAGGCAUGGGGCAUAAAAAGUGCAAGGGGAGUAGGAAUGUGAAAGUAUCGGCAAGGUACCUAGGAGGUAUGCUCUCAGUUCGCAGUGCAGGGCAUGUCCGCUGUAGGGCACAGUGUUGGGUGCUUCAUCCUGUGCCCAGUGCAGGCAUGUCCCGGAGUUUGGCAUUAGGGGCCUCUUCAAUGGCGCCUCUGUGCAGGGAUUCAGCUCAGUCGAUAGGCGGUGGGGUGGACCCCUGCAUAACGACCCGGUUGGUGGCUAUGACCGUAAAGGGCAGAGGUAUGCCGUGUUGAUCUCCGAUUCUUGGGUCAGAUGAGAUGCGUGCUUGUGGGGCUUGUUUAGAACUCCAGCUCCUGCGUGUGUGGGAGCGAGUGCUUGUGCCGAACACCAUGAUGCCGUUUCCCGCUUUGAUCACUUGUGUCUGCGCAGCAGGAUAGCUGCUCUGGGGGCUUGAGGCACGGGAUCAUAAUGGCGGCGCCAGGCGUCUGGGCAUUUCCAUGGAGCCACCACUCUCACUGCUUGAUGGUGAGUCGCCCCGCGGUUGCAGAGUGUCGUCCAAAAGUUCCUACAGAGCCGGUCAAAAGCCUCCAUGGGCUGCGUUGGUGGCUGGGUGCUAGUGCUGUUUGGCGUGGGCCUUUGCUGAACCGCCAUCUUGGCUGUGCUUUGAUGGUGCGGUACCCCUGUAGGCUGCAUACCCAGUAAAUCCGUCAUCAGGUUUGCUCAGUGUGGCCAGUGGAGACUGGGAUAACCCCCACAGGUCCAAAGGAGGGGGGUUGGAUGUUUGCAGAGUCACUCAAGAGCUCCGAGGUCGGGGCGAGCGGCCGUCUCGUCCUGGCUCCAACUCCAGUAGGCCGCACCUGGCGUUCAGUGCCCCCAGCCCCGACGGGCGUUGGAGUGAUAUCACUCGCUUCGGUGGUGCACCCCCAACGUGAGUAGUGCACUCUGGUAUGUCUGUAGGCUUCAUAGCCGAUGCUAUUUCUCGAGUUUUUGCCCGCCGGGCAGGAGCUCAUGUAACCCACGUCUUCACCGCUUGGUGCUCAGGCUCCGCCCCCAAUUUAUUAUUUAAUUGAUUAGAAUAUUGUCAAGAAGGGAAAAAAAACAAUUUGAAUCACAUCUAUCAUUGUUAAACACAAUAUAUUAAAACCUCUCUCUGACUCCUACCCAAGAUAGCACAAUGAUAAGUAUAUAUUCAUACUUGAUAAUAUUCUAAUGUAUGACUCUUACCGAAGAAGGCACAAUAAGUAUAUAUAUACUUAUUAUUGUGCUAUAUUGGGUAGGAGUCAGAGGGAGGUUUUGAUAUAUGACGUGUACUUUCAUUUUGUGGCACUAUAUUGUGUUUAGAAUGAUAGACGUGAUUCGCAUUUUUUUCCCUGCUUGACAAUAUGCUAAUGAAUUAAUAGUUAACAAAACUCAGGGUGUGAGGAGGUAGCACACCAGAAGAGGUGGGAGUGUGGGCACACGCUGAGUGAGGAGAGCGGAGAGCAGGAGAAUGGCGUGCUGAGCUGACAGCCUUUUUGUAAGACUUGCGUGAAGCAGUGCAUACAGCAGUCGGUCAACCUUCGAGUGCCAGACUGCCAAACUACCACUUUGAAUUUCUCGAGAGGAGUCCUGGGACAGAAGAUUGUAAUACUCUUAUUGAAAAGAAGCUCUAAACAAUAAGCAGUAAAAAGACACUGGAUGGGUGCCCAACACGCCAGUGUGCGCGAUUUACUAAGGAGCCAUUCCUACAUCUACACAAGAUAAGUACUCUUGCUGAUUUUUUUUUUAAUAUACCAUUGCCUCUUUUGAUAAAAGAACUGGGAAUAUAAAGGAGGAGAAAAGGAAUAAAGUAAGAGAGGAUAUUUCAAAGUUGUUAACUCUUAUUAUAUACUGAAAAUAUAAGAUAUAUUAAAAAGUGAAGAAAGAGGAAAGGAAAAAAAAAAGCGAAAUCAUUUCAAUUGUGGCACUCCAAUGGCCUCGAAGAGAAUGAUGAAGGGGAAGGAAAAGGAUAAAAGGGAUGACAUCCAGACAAAAAGGAGUUUGUUUCCCCCCCCCCCCUAUUCUUAAUAAGGAGAGACCAGGCAAUACUACCAGUAUGGCUCCUUUAGAUGACCAUGAAAGCCGCCCCCAACGACAAGAGAUAAUACAUCAUGAUCUGGGAGAUCAAUCAUAUGCCACUCAAAAAUUCUUAGUUGAUGUCCAAUUGUCUUCUAUUUCUAAGGAAAUAUCUAAGAGUUUUUCAGAAAUUAAAAAAGAAAUUACAGACCUGGGGCUGAAAGUAAGCUCAGUGGAAGAAAAAAAUAAAUAAAAUGGAUGAAAAACAACUACCUUGAAGGAAGGAAAUAAUAAAGUGGACGACAAAUUGUCACAAAUAGACAUGAAGCUUAGAUAUUUAGAAGACCAUUUGCAACGCUGCAAUUUAAAAUUUAGAAAUAUCACAGAAGACAUAGCACAGACACAUCUAAAAGACUUUUUACUUGCUUUUUUCAAAGAUAUGAGCCUAGCAACAGAAGAUCAACACCCAAUCCUAGAACGAAUUCAUCGUCUUGCUAAACCAAAAGGAGUUCCAUCUCAAUACCCAAGAGACGUGAUAGUAUGUUUUCACUCAUUUACAUGCAAGGAACAAGUUACUAAAGCUAGAAGAGACAAUCAAUCAAAAAGUGAAAAAUUUUAAGAAAUCCUUAUUUUUCAGGACUUUUCAUUUCAAACCAGGCAAUGGAGAAAUUCCUUCAGACAAGCUCUUGGAACUUUGAGACAACACAAUAUCAGAUAUUUGUAGGGAUAUCCAUCUAAGUUAAUACUAUUGUGGAAAGAUGAGCAGCUUAGCUUUAAUUUGCCCUAAUGCAAUUCAGAAUUGGCUAAAAGUAAGCAGUUAUUAAGUAAAUUUAAUUUUGAAUGAUAGGUGGGAUUAGCAAAGGGAAAAGAAAAUAAAGGAGAAAAGAAGUUACUAAAUACUAAAUUCUCUCUUUUUGUCACUUGGACAAAUUUUUUAUUUUUUUUAGAGGAAAUGAAUCACUGGAUUGCACAAGGAAAAAAAUAAGAAAAUAAUAGAUUCAUGAUGGACACAGGUUUUGACUUAAAAUAAAGAGGGGUGGGGCAAGGUGGAGGAGAGGAACUAAGAGGGGGGAAGAAUUAAAUUUAUGUAUAAACGUAUUUAACACAUCAUAGGAUUAAAUUAUUCAGGAAUGAUUAUGCUUUAAAGUAGCGAUUAGAGAAGAAAAGAGGGGAUAAGAUGCACUUGGACACAAAAUAAUAUAAUUAAUAAUAGGUCACUAUGAAUACUUAAAGGACAACUAUAGUCACCCAGACCACUUUAGCUCAAUAAAGUGGUCAGGGUGCCAGGUCCCUAGGUUUUAACCCUGCAGCUGUAAACAUAGCAGUUUCAGAGUAAUGCUUUCCUAUGGGCGGUUUGAAUGCGCGUGCGGCUCUGGCCGCGCAUGUGCAUUCAGCUACACUCGGGAGCUAACGUUGGAGGGGUUUUAACCCCUUCAGCCCAGCAGGAAGGGGGCCCUUAAGGUGGGGGGGGACCUAAGGACAAUAUAGUGGGAGGAAAAUGAGUUUGUUUUCCUGGCACUAUAGUGGUCUUUUAAGGAAAUAUUUGUGAAGAUUUGGUUAAACACAGACACUUUAAUAAUAUUAACACGAAGAGAGCAGGGAAGGUGAAAUCAGAGAGAGAUGGUAUAGAAAAUAAGUGUUUAAAUAUUGUAUUUAUAGUUUACAUAAUCUGUUACAUCUAAUACUUAUAGUACAAAGAGAGAAUUAUUAAUAAUAAGAGAAAGGUAAAGACCUUUUUAAAACUGAGUUUUACAAAAACAUAUAUUUUUGGUGGUUAGUGGAAUACUAGCUUAAUAUGUAUAUAGGAGUGUUGAAGGUAAAUCAAACCUGAAGGAAGAUCUAUCUAUAUAGGCUUUUAGAAUAAGUUAAGUAUAAACUCCCCUCUCUACCCUAUUUUCUUAAGUGAUUGAGGAUAUAUUAUACAUAUAAUUCUAAAAUUGCUAAUAGAUAUUGGUAUACUAAUUAUAUAACUCAUUUAACAUAUUUAGCAGUACUAAUUUAGUUCCAUGCUCAGCACAAGCCAUUUAUGUCCCCUACUUUGUGUCUUAACUAGACAUUAGGUACGAGCCGGCAUGAGCCAGGCCCGCUUGAAAAUAACCGAGACGAGUACUCGGAAUUCUCCUCUGUGUAUAAUUGUUGAUUCGAGCUACGGAAUAUUUCCAAGGGUUGAUAUGUUAGGUAUGUUUUGUGUUUACUCCGAUGCUGUGUGGGGGCCCUGGGGCUUUGUUGGUUAAAAAUUAAUAAAUAUGGUUACAUUUAUAUCAGUGAAUGCACAGGGCAUGAAUACCAUUAGUAAAAGAAUGCAGGUAUACAAUUAUCUUGUUAGAGAACAGGUGGAUAUAUGUUUUUUUUUAAUAAUUCUUUAUUUCUGAGUUCCGGGGUGGAGCGUUACAUUUCUUGUGUGAACAUUGCCUUUGUACAGUAUACAUUCACCAAUUUCCUGUUAAACUCUACAUUAACAUCUUGCUUUGUACUUUGGAAAUAAGUAUUACCUGCACCCAGGUUACAUUCAUACUUGACAUUUUAAAUUUUUAGUAGUUGUUCUUGGGUCUAUGCAUUGAUUUAUUCCUUAUCUAGGAUCCUGUCUGAUACAGCUUCGGUCUGCAUAUCUUUCCGUUCACUUAGUUUCUGUUAGUUAGGGAUUAUUCUAGCUUUAGUGACUGAAUAAUCUAAAUUUUAUUAACGAGAGGAGGCGAAUAUUUGCUUAUCUUUCUUUGCUGAUUCUCCCAGCAGCAAAGAAAUAGUUAACAAUAGUAUAAACAGAUCAACCAAUCAGAGUGUAUAACAGUAUUAUAUGAUGUCAUCAAGCUCCUCCCAAUUCCUCUUUCUUGCUGGAGCCGACGACAUCUGUAUAUCGACAAUAAAAACAUAACUAAGAACUGAGGACUAGUUGAUGUCCUGGAGUAGUCAACCGUGUAAACUUUGAUAAGACUGAUGAGUCCAUGUGUCUCAAGCGUUAGGUUGCUUCACACUAAAGGGAAGAAGAGAGAGAUCAUGAAAGUAUGGGGUCUCAUACUAGUUGAAAAGUAAGUUAUGUCCUGCAUACUGAGAACAACUAUGCGUUACAUCCCAUGUAAGAUGAUGUUAAGAUUGUCAACUCUUGGUUAGAGUGUAGUGAGAAGAACUUGUGGCGGAUGGUGUGUAAAUGUGUCUGAAACCGAAUACCCUGUAACAACUUACCUAGGGUGGGUGUGAAUGGUCAUGAGAGUAAAAGGGCGGGAAAAUAUUCGCCUCCUGUCGUUAAUAAAAUUUAGAUUAUUCAGUCACUAAAGCUAGAAUAAUCCCUAAUUUUAUGGCAAGACAGGAGGCUUCAUAUUUGCUGUUUUAACGCUUUAUAUGAUGGAAGAUGCAGCAUGUGGCAUAGGUUUGAAGUAGAAUGUGCGGAACGUAGACUCUCUGGACCAAUCUGCCGAGGAUAGAAUGUCUGAGAGGGAGCUACCCGCACGGAAGGCGGAGGAAGUGGCUGCUCCUCUGAUGGAAUGUGCACCAAAAGUGGAGUCGAUACCUGCUUGCGCUAGUAUCCAUCGUAUCCACCGUGCGACGGUGGGGGCGGAUACCGGUUUGUGUGGUUUGACAUAGGAUACGAGAAGGGGUCUGUAAUGGUAAAUUAAGUAAUUUCUUUAUAUUUAUGAAGUUCUGAAUUUCAUAAAUAUGAAAUAAUACCACAAAUAAAAUAAUAAAAGGUAUACUGGUAAAUCACAUAAAUAUUAGUGAAUAUCUUGAAUGAACAGACAAAAGGCAAAGUUUUGAUGAAAGUAUAAGCAAAACUUUACUGGGAAUACAAUUAUCAAGCACACAAAAAAACAAAUACUUUAAAAACACACACUGCUAUAAACAAUACAUUCAGGUAAGAAAUCUACUUAGCUCUAUUCAUGGAGAUUCAGCAGCUUACACAGGAUAAUUGAAUCAGCAUAACACACAGAACAAUGAGGUGAGUUCCUUGCCACAUGUUAAAUGGAUUUACAUGGGCACCUCUAAAGACACCUGGCUUCUUCCGACCCAGUCAUGAAACUGAAACUCUAGUUUCUGGAAACCCCUUGAAUAACCUCCCAUCUAGUAUCCACCCACAGAGGUAACAUAACCAAUACCUAAUGGUCAUCUCUAGGAGGCGGAUACUACAUGUGGUCCUUUGUGAAAGGAAGUGACUUAAGAAUUCUCAAUACCUUCCUAAAGCACGUCUCAUUGACUAUGGGGCAGCCAUCGUUAUUCACUCGACGUCACAGUGCUCACUAGGCCACCUAUAGGUAACUUCCUCCCUAAAGCACAUGUCUCAUUAAAUAUGCAGCAGCCAUCUUCUUGCUCUUAAUGUCACAUAGCUCACUACACCCCCUAUAGGUAUCAUAAGUUAUUGCACAUGAAUGGGAACACAAUAAUAGAACAUUUAUCAUUGCCCAUAACCAAUACAAUCCACCUGUUGAUCCCAUUACAUGAGUAAUAACUAUAACUCAUAUAUUUCCCGGAUAGGUCUUACUUUCUUCAUAGCUUGCUUUCCCACACAUAUAAUCAAAUUUACAAAAAAAUACAAUAUUACACAUAAAACAACACCCACUACUACCCAUUGCAUUACUUUAAACCCUAAAUUACCCAACCACCCAAAAGGUCCACUAUCCGGUGGAUUCUGGAGCUUCUUCCUGGUAUCAUUUAUCUUUGAAAUAUCAUGUGUUAUUGCGCCAGAGUUAUUGACAAUAUAUGAGCAGCACUCUGUCCCUACCAACGCACAAACGCCUCCUUUGGCGGCCAAGACUUAAUCUAAUGCCAGUCCAUUUUGCAACACCACUGCUCUCAUUUGUACCUGCUCUUGGGAUAGUUUGUUAAUAGCAUCCACGGUUGCAUCUAAAGCUUCAUCCUCUAGCUUUUUUAAAGCUUCUAUUCGAGUUAAUGACCAAUAUACUCUCCAGCCGGGAAAUACAGUUCCAGAAUUAGCUUCAUGUUCUCCACCGUUUAUUUCUAAUCAUGCCUUCUGGAAAGCUAUUUCUAUGCCUUAGGGCGGGGAUGAUUGAUCCAAUGUAACAUUCUCCUUCCCAUUGAGUAGGUAACCAUCUAUAGGCCCAAUUACCACACAGAAAAUACACACCUCUGGGGCCCCACUAAAACAAGUGUCCAGGAGUAUAGAAAUAAAGGGAAAGCUCAGUCUUUUUAUUGCACCAUGAGAGGUCAUACUUAUUACCCUCACCUCUGGACUGGAGUCUUUGACAGUCAUUGCCCAAUGUUGUUCAUUACCGGUUCUGAAGGGCGAGUGGAUGACAGUGCUCUGCUGGGUCCCUCAGGAUGUCGGGGACUCGAGGUAGUAGAAUUGGGUGAUUCACAGAUAGUUCCAACAGGGUUGGGAACCAAGUCUGGGCUCUCCAUAGAGGAGUAACAAUGACUAUUGUCACUGCUAGGGCUUUGACCCGGUAAAGGGUGCGUUGGAUCACGGAGAAAGGCGGGAAUGCAUAAGCUCCCGUCUCCGGCCAAGGAUGUAGAACGGCGUCGACCGCCCAUGACAGGGGGUCUGGGAGCCAGCUGAUAAAGGCCUCCGUCUGGCGAUUCAGACGGGAUGCAAACAGGUCCAGUGUAAGGGGCCCGCGAAGGCAGCAAAUUUGAUGGAACAAGCGGGGGUCCAAUUGCCAGUCGCUUACAUCCCUCCAAUGGCGAGAGAACCAAUCUGCUACUAGAUUGUACGUGCCUGGAAGAUAUUCAUCUUUGAUGGAUAAAUUCCGCUCUAGGCAGAAUUGGUAGAGAUCCUUGGUAAGGUCGGAUAGGAGCUUGGAUCGUGAAUCGAUUCACAUAGCGUACUGCAGAGACGUUGUCCAUGCGCAGUACUAGUGAGUUGAAACAACAGUCUUUUGCGAAACUGCGAAUCGCGAAAGAUCCUGCGAUCAACUCUAGACAAUUGAUGUGCAGUGCUUGUUCGGAGGGGGACCAUAGGCCCCCGGUGGAUCCUUCGGCGCACGUGGCGCCUCAUCCUAGGAGACUGGCAUCGGAUUCCAGAAUGAAGUCUGGUUGAGAUCCGAAGAUGGCUUUGCCAUUCCAGGCCUCCAUGUUGUGGAGCCACCAGUGAAGUUCUAUACGAACUUCGUCUGUCAGGUGGAUGAACUGAUCGUAAGAGGUGGAACGGUGUAGGUAAAAUGUCUUGAGCCAUUGCAUGGCUCGGUAUUGUAAAGGUCCUGGGUAAAUGGCUUGGAUAGAGGCGGUCAGUAGGCCUAUAGUAUGGGCUAGAUCGCGUAAGCUAAUCUGAUGGACUGAUAACAAUUUGCGAAUGUCUUCUUUGAUGAUUCUGAUCUUUGCGGAGGGUAGUUGUAAAACCGCCUGUACAGAAUCUAUCAGAAACCCGAGAAACUGUACCUUUUGGGAAGGUUCCAGGGCUGACUUCUGGAAAUUUAUUACAAAACCAAGGUUUUGUAGUAGAGCCGACGUCAUCUCUGUUUGUUGGCGUAAGAGAUCUGGGUCUUGUGCCAUUAUCAGGAUGUCGUCCAAGUAUAUGAUGGACCGAAUCCCCUGAGAUCGAAGUAGGGCCAUCACUGGUUUCAUCAGUUUCGUGAAACACCAAGGCGCGGAGCAUAGUCCGAAUGGGAGGCAUGUGAACUGCCAGAUUUCUUCUUGCCAGAAGAAUUGAAGGAAAGCUCGAUGGUUGCGAGCAAUAGGAACUGUGAGGUAUGCGUCUUUGAGAUCGAAUCUGGAGAACCAAUCUCCCACGCAAAGGAGGUUCCUGAGCAGAUGGAUGCCUUCCAUCUUGAAGUGGCUCCAGUUUUUUGUGGACCAGAAAAAUGUUGCUGAGAAAAGUAUGAGGGAACGGGGAUUUUUCUAUAGCCCCUUUUUUUACUAGCUUGUGUAGUUUGUUUUGUAGUGUCAGGUUGUCUGAUACAGACAUCUGUGGUGGUGUUGUGGUGUGUCUUGGAAAGGGGUGGAAAGGAAAUCUAUCUUGAACCCUUGGACUGUGUGUAGGAUCCAUCGAUCCUGAGAAAGUAAUUCCCACUGUUGGAAAAAAUGUGUUAAUCGACCUGCUAUUGGUACAUUGAAAGAAGGGAGAUUGAUUACCUGGAGCAGUUCUACCGCGUAGGGAGGCAAAUCCACGUCCCCGGAUAGACCCUCUAUUAGUGAAUAGUUGCCUGUGGUAGGGUCAGGGUUGUCCCGAUUGCCAAUAGUUCUCGGAAGGGCGAGGCCUGUAGCCUGUGAAGGUAACUCUGCUGUUCGUUCGGCCUCGAUAACGUCCAGCUCUCCCUGAAAAACUACCUGCUUGAGAACGAAAAACCCUGCGCAGGGAAGAUUGGGCAUUAUUUAGGGUGGUAAACACCGCUACAUGUUUGGAGAGAUCCCUCAUGAAUGAAUCUCCAAACAGUAAUCCAUUUGCCUCUGGUCCCAGUUCCCGGGAGCUCAGAUCUGCUAGUUUUGCAUCUAGCUUGUAUAGUGCCGCCCUGCGUCUCUCAGUGGACAUAGCCACAUUUGCGUUGCCUAGGAAACAUAAGGCUGUCUGGGCCCACUCUCUAACUGUGUUUGGGUCGAAUUCCCCACUAGUUAAGGCUUCGUCUGCCAAAAUGAAAAUCUGAAUUAUAGGGCCAGCGAUGUCUAGGAGUUUAUCCUGGGCCGUUUUAAGACCCUGCUCAAUGCCCUUGCGAGGGUCUUUCCCUGUCUUACUAAGAAAUGUUACAAAUAGUGGGUCAAACUCUGGCGUGAGAGCCACCUUGUUUGGAAUGGUUGGUCGAGGGCACUCCGCUCUGAGUUUCGCCCUGAUUUCCUUUUCAAGUGGUUUGCGUAACCACAUCUUACAGAAGUUAGAAAUAUGGUCUGGUGGGGCCCAUUCUGCUGACUGUGGAUGUCUGAUGAUCCUGGGGUCAAACAAAGGGACACCCGAAGCAUCCAGCAGGAUGUCUGAAUCGGGUCCCUUCUGAAGAGAUGUUUUUGGGUCUAUGUCUGUAUGCGUGAGAAAAGUCUCCUUGACAAAUUCCGAUGGGUCAUCCCCUAGCGCAUCCGCCGAGGGGUCUUCAUCAGAAUAUUCAAGGUAAUAAUCUUCCACUCCAUCUCCCUCAUGGGAUGUAGAACCCUCUAGGGGGUUGGGUUUGGCAUGAGCAUAGCGGGUGUUUGUCAAUUUCUGGGACUUGGCGAGAGCCUUACCUUUGCCCGCAGACCUACUAUCCCCUUUCCGGGGCGCUUGCGUGUGACUUCCUGAUCCGAGGGUUGAGAGUCCUCGGAAUCAGAAGGUAGACGCGCAGUAGGGGUGGCUUCGACAGAAGUCUUCUCAUGGAAGGCUGCUAACGCCUUGGGAAUGGUAUCAGCAAUGGUCGAAACCAACCAAGCUUUGAGUUCUUGGGAAAUUGCGGGCUCACUAUUAUCAGACAUGGUAUGUCUUGGAGCGGGUUUUUUUAUUUUAUUUUUAUUUUUUUAUAUAUAGAUAUAGAUAGAUAUAUAAAAGGCAGAGAUGAAUGGGGUUCACCCAAAGUUAUAUAUCAGGUUUAUAAAUGGGGGUCACCCCAAAUUUUUUUUUAUAUAUAAAUAAUGUCUGAUUUAUAAAUGGGGGUCACCCAAACUAUUCGUGAAUGUUAAGGUAUAAAGGGCGGCACUCAAUAUUUAGUGGGGUUGCCCACUAAAGAAAACACAAGUGGCUUGUACCACUAUCAUAAAAAACAGUGGGUUUCACCACUGAAUAGAUAAGGUGUUGGAUCACCUGUUUAUUAAUGUGUUAUUUAGUUAAGGGGGUCACCCUUAACUGUCACAAUGGUGUUAAGACACCUUGGCAAGAGUGAAUAAAGGUGGGGGUCACCCACAAAAACCCUCAGUGUAAUAAAAUAACAGAGGCAAAGAUUGGUGAGGGUCACCCACAAGGCCAGUUUACUUAAUAAGAAACUUGCAGGUGUAGAUAUAGAGCCUGUUAGAAAAAAUUUAAAAUAGACAAAAUCAAUAACUGAAAAUUGAGCUUAGCACUUUAAGGUGCUUUAAAUAAAGAAGGCGGGAAAAAAUGCACUUGUUAAGUGCAAGGGACGAACGGGCGGGGAGCCGCAAAAGGGUGCGAAACUGAGCCGCGGACUCCUGGGAAAUGGAGUCCGCGGCACUGACAGGAAGUGUGUAACGGCGAAACCGCGGUCUGUUUAGAAACGCGGAAGCAGGAGAGGUGAAUUAAGUGAAUUGCGGGAGUGCGACUCCGGCGAUUUAAAGUAGUAGUAACUAAAUAAAGUUAGGUAAAAAUAUGUUGACUAGUGUGGCAUGAAGGUUGAAAUUAGAAGAGAACAUGAAUGGUUGUUUACACAGAAAAGUGUUAUUAAAGUGAUAGCUGAAUAUAUAGUGUAAAAUAUUUUGACAUUCAAGUAAGAAAUUUAAUUAAAAUAUUUAUUAAAGGCUAAAUGGUAUAGCAAUAUAAUUGGAGUAGACUCACCUGGGAGGCAAGCAGCAAAGAAAGAGGAAUUGGGAGGAGUUUGAUGACAUCAUAUAAUACUGUUAUGCACUCUGAUUGGUUGAUCUGUUUAUAUUAUUGUUAACUAUUUCUUUCCUGCUGGGAGAAUCAGUAAAGAAAGAUAAUAUAUAUAUCUAUCACCAAAGUGGAACUACCUCUUCCAAAUGAUUUCUUUAAAAGUUCUAGAUAGUUGGCUUGCCCUCCUAGAAACUUCCUUUUCAUCCUUUAUAUCAAAAGGAAAAAAACCUAGGAUAAGUAAAAGAAUUUUAUCUCAAAGACUGGCAGAUGGGGGGUAUAGAUGUGAUAAUUGUGAUAAAAUCCAAUUAACUAAUUAAGAAUGAUCACUAAUGAUCAAAUUAAUCUAUCAUAGAUAGUUAAGAUGGCACUUGGCUUAAACUGUGUCGCACUAAGAAAUUCAACAUUGCCUGGAAUAUUCCAUAGCAUGUCUGGCCAAUAUCCAGAAAGGCCCACGUGCUGAACAGAGGGAAUUGGUGCCAACAAAUGUAUAGAAAGAUAAGAGUAGGGACAUAGAUAGAAUAAGAUACCGCACGUGUCUGGCAUGAGCCUUGGGUGGUCACGACUAGCCUGAUCAACCAUACUGAUUACUUAAUGCGCAUGACAAGAUACAUGCUGGGCUGCACUGAUAAGAAAUCUUGGAAAAUUUACAAACUUGCUAAAAGGUAUAAAAGACGGAGAAACUUGGCACUCACUUGGAGAACUACCCACCUGUAAUGCGGACGCGUGUUGCUGGUCUCUGCUGUUCCCAGAGAGGGUCCCUCCAUGCCGACGGCCAGAGUUCCCCCAGUCAAGUGCAGAGGACACAACCCCUCUAAUGGUGAUAUAUACUUAAGCUGAUAUAUCCGGAUGCUAAGCUGUUUUGAAGUGAAUGCAUGCAACUGCUUAAUGAGAAUUAAGCUUACUCUGUAUUGGGUCCCCUUGUGGACAAUAAAGUGUGGUGUGAAUUCUUAUCUGCAACUUGGUCUCUGUGUGGUUUCUUUUUCCUAUAGCCCAAGACACUCAUCUCGAACUGGGUUGUGUGCCUGCCAAUAUCGUUAUAAUCCUUAUUAGGUAAUUGAUUAUUGCUUUUUGGAUAUUGGUGCUUCAUGAAUUUAAUGAUUAGGCACAACAAUAGAUUAUCCAAAUAUUAGAUUUCAGUACUUGUCCAACAUAAUAUCCCAUGUUUAAAGAAUUCAAACCCAAAGUACUUCUAGGGAAGGAUAGUAUAAAAUAGAAGCUGAGGCUCUUGGACUAAAAGAUCUUAAUGGACUUUUUAGGAAUAUUCAAAAAGGAAAAGUACAGAUUACUUCUAUAGAAUAUAAUAUAAUAAUUAAUCAAAUAAUUUCUACUUGGCUCGGGAUUAAGAAAAUCUUGGAUCUACAUAAUGCGUGCGGUAUUAGAUUUCUUAAGUAUAUCUGUUCUAGAAUUCAAUGUAGAAAAUGUAUCGUUAUCUAAUUGGAAUAUCCAGGGAAUUUACGAAAUAGAUCAGAUUAGAAGUCAAAGUGAUACCUUUUGCAGAAUUAGUUUAAAUAUUGCAUCUUCCUAAUUCUGAGAUUUUUACAUACCUUAGAGUAAAACACUUUUUGCAAAAUCAUUUAAUAAAAAUAAAUCCUAAUUUAACUAAAGCUCUAAAAAAAGACUUUUAGUAAUAAAAUAGUCUCAAAGGUUUUAACUAAAGCCAUUGGCCUAAUUCAGGUUCUAAAUUAUGUGGAUAAUACCCCCCCAGAAAAUGCAAUGGGAAAGAGAUCUUGACUGUAUUUUAGAUCAGGAUAAAUGGUGCAAAUCUUUUAAUAACAUAUGUAAACAGGUUUAAAGUAUAAAUUUAAUCAAAAUACAAUCAAAAAUAUUUUAGGGAUGGUAUUUGAUCCCGGUUGAGAUGGCAAAGAUGUAUCAAAGUGCCUCCUCUCUAUAAUGGCGAUGUUUCCAAAAAGAGGGUUCUUUCUUGCAUAUUUGGUGGGGUUGCUUGAAAAUUAAAGAGGUCUUAAAGACGCUCUUUCAAUUUAUAUAUGAUAAAACCAAUAUAAAUUUGGAGAGACAUCCUGCAAUGGCUCUAUUACACAUGCAUUGGCCUAAGAUGUCCUGGAAAAAUCAGAAUCUAAUUACCCAUUGUUUUUAAAUGAAAGAGUGAUAUUGCUAUAACGUGGGACGUUGUUAAAACUUGAAUUUUAUCACCUGACAGGAGGCUUCAUAUUUUGCAUAACUUUCUUUACUUUAUGCCUCCAGCAGCACAAGUCAAUCAAUAAACUUUAAACCAAUCAGUAACAGGCAUCACAUCCAUAUAUAAAGCCCUGACAGACACAUGACUUCCUCUUUCUUUGCUGCUUACCAGCCAAGGCACAGGUCAGAGUAUUUUGCUCCAAACUGUUUUACUGAAUAUUGCAAUUGUCAUUAGUUAAUCAUUUAUUGCUUAACUUUCAGUUUGUUCCAAACUGUUUUUAUUAAUAUUGCUAUGGUCACUGUAGUUAGACACCUUAUGCUAGACAUUCAGUUUUAAUCCUAACUGUUUUUUCUGGAUACCACUUUAAUUAAACUUUAUUAAUUGACUUUCAGUUUGCUCCAACUGUUUUUAUUAAUAUUGCUAUGGUCACUUUAGUUAGAUUUUUAAUGCUAGACAUUCAGUUUUUGCUCCAAACUGUUUCUGGAUAUGCAUGGGCACUUUUGUUAAACUUUAUUAGCUUGUCCUGCAAUUUUGGCCUAAACGUUUUUCAUUAUUUUGCACUUGCCUUCCAUUUGGAUUUGUAUAGUAUGAUAUUCUCCCCCUGUUACCCUUCCCCUGAAUUAACACUGUAUUUUCUGCUUUAUUAGCCUGUUUUCUGUUGCUGGCACCUUUUCUUUCCUAUGCUUUACUCUGGUCUCGCACGGAUCGCGGCGUUUUACCGCGAGCACGCUUUUUAUGCAUUGGUGCUGGGACUUCAGGGCAGGUCUCUGGGGGUUGGGGAUGUCGGGGGGACUCUUUUCCAUGCCGGCAGACCGCGAUCGUAUCCUCGAUCGUGGGCCGCACGGCACUUUUGCGCGCGAACGGCGGUCAUCUUGAAUCUCGCGGCACUCGCGAGAUUCACGUCGGCCAUGUCGUUUGGCCAGUUCGUGAUUCCCACGAACUGGCGGCUAGUUCUGUACUGUUUCAUAUAUUUUUCCUGUGAAAUAAAAGUUUUACAAGUACUUUUGAGCUCAAUACUGUUCAUGGGCAUAUGUACCUUUCCUGGAAGAUUAUGAAUUUGGCAUGUGAAAUAAAAGUUUUAUAUGUAACUCUGCAUGAAUAUGUAGGACUGAUCCCUGCUGUGUGCAUCUGCUGACAGUUUGCUCUAUUCUGUUCUAUACAAUUGACAUGUUGAAUAACAGUUUUAUUGUACAUCUGGAGGAUUAUGAAUGGACUGUCCCCUGCUGUGGGCAUAUAGUGGAUGCAUUACUCUAUCUACUGGCAGGGAAAUUAAAUAGAGCUGAUAUCUUACUCCGCUCCCUACUCCCACUGGACCUCACAACCAUUGGAUACACUCCUUCCCCACAGGGAUACACCUCCCAGGACACAGUAGUGGAGGUACAUAACGGAGUGAUUAACAGGGGUGACCCCCCUUACGCUGGGUGACCUCCAAGCAUGGCAGACACCUCUCCAAAGUGACAUUGUGGUACAGGGGUGACCCCCCUUACGCUGGGUGACCCCCAAGCGAAUCUGGUUCCUGUCCUAGUGACAUACAUAUACUGGGGUGAUCCCCCUGCUCUGGGUGAACCCCAAGCGAAUAUUAUUCCGGUACUAGUGACAUACAUACACUGGGGGGAACCCCCGCGCCCUAGGGCGGGCUCAUUUCCACGGAGUACGAUCUGUUACUGUAUGCACAGACCGGGUCACACUGAAUACAUGUAUAUCGACAGAGCAAGGAAGGAGAGCUCAUGGUGCUGCCAAUUCUCCACAGUACUAUAUCCUAUAAGGGUGACCCCUUGGAUAAUAUGGAGGCUACCAUACCUCCCCAUACACGGGCUACGUCCCGACAUUACUGACCGCUCAUCCCGGUCUUAUUGAGGGUGACUCCCACCUCAGACCACUCCCAGGAAAUCUCUAAGUGGUACUGAUUGAAACAAUUCUGGGUGGCCCAAAGUGGUACGUGGAGGCCCACUAAGUGGCAAUAAGUGUACUACCGUACCUGACACCUGUUCGGUACCCCAUAGACCGAAAGAGUGUCCCAACAUGCCAUAAGAGACAUUCAUACAGGGGUGACCCCCCUAUGCUUGGUGAACCCCAAGCGAGUCUUACUCCGGUGCUAGUGGCAUAGGUACAAAGGGGUGACCCCCCGCACCCUUUCUAGGGCUUCUACCUUCAGAGUACGCUCUGUCAUUGUAUGCACAGACCAGGGCGCACUAGAUGCGUGUAUUCUGGCACCUCUAUGCUUCAACUGGGGUUCCGUACGCCCUUCCCUUAACCGAGAAGGAGAACUCACAGUGCUGCCAAAACUCCACAAUUCUAGACCAUAUAAGGAUGAACCCCGUGGACUAUAUAUAUAUUUUGAGGCUUUCACGUCUCCCAGACUCUGGCUAUGUCCCGACAUUGCAGACCGCUCAUCCCGGUCUUACUGAGGGUGUCCUCAUUCUCAGACCACUCCCCGGAUCCUGCGAAAAUGAUACUGAUUGAUCAAAAUUCUGGGUGACCCCCAGUUAUACGCGGAGGCCCACUGAGUGGCAAUAAGUGUACUGUUGUACGAUCCUGUCUCCCACGGACCGAAAGGGUGUGAACCAACAUGUCGGACUUACCUCAAUAUCCCCGACCGAUUUUCAGGCGAGGAUUAAGGCCGCCAUGACAGCUCCGGGGGAAGAAGUCCUCUCCAGUAUGCUGGCUAACAACCCAUCCGACAGAGCGGGUGCAACGGCAGCAACACCAAUGGAAGAUUGAAAUACCGACGUUAGGUCGGACACCCAUCAUCAGGGGACGAGGACUUCAUCCUCCCCCCCUUCUCUGGAGAUCAUGAAAGAAUGGAGGGCAGAAGAGGUAAAAGUGACAAGAACCGCCUAGCAAGAAAGGUUUUUUCUUUGGCACACUGGACACUCCUGUUUUGACUCACGCACCAUCCGACAACCAGGGUCAUCCGAAUGGGGUUAUCCGGAGCACCGGGCCCACUUCUGGCUUAGGAGGCCUAUGGGAAAAGAAAUCCGAGACAGGCUUAGGAUGGAAUGCCCACGCCCUCUAUGUCCGAACAAGAUAGUCCUCACUAUGGAGCUCGUGGUGAUAUGUAUGUCCAGAUCAGGCCGGGGUCCAUGUAAAGGUGUAGGAGGAGGACUCAAAAUGAGUUAAGAUGAAAUACUGGAUAUGAUCAGCCCGGGAAAAAAUUCUAUACUUUGCGGACCUGACCCCACACAAGACUCACCUCUAGAAGCUCACGAUGUGAGGGAAUGGGUGCAAAGGGCAAUAUGUAAGUUGGGGAACGCAAGGCAGACAGGUGCACAGAACGCCGCAAAGCAGCCCGAUUAAAGAUGGAUUUCAAACUAUGAAGUUAGGGACGAAAGAGCGAGGACCUCAGGCGGACGGACUAUCGUUUGGAGAACCAUUUAUCUCAGCAACGGUUUGGUAGUAAGGAAGAAGAUAGGCGACUAUCACCCAGUCAUCAACCUAUGCCAACCCAAUGGUUUUGGGGCGUACCAACAACUCAAGAAGGAAGGUAUCCAUCUCUUAGGGGAUCUACAAGGUUGGACUUGAAGGGCACUUACCUAUAGGUUCACAUGGUGCCUCAUGAAGUUUCUGAAGUCGGUCACUGCGCACUGAAAAGCAAAGGGUAUCUGCUGUCACAUACCUAGACGACUUACCUUUUGCAAAUCCAAUUCAUGACUACGUUUACAAACGAGAUUUAUGUUUACAGUUUCGGGAAUUGUUGGGAUUCAUAGUGAACAGAGAGGAGUCGGUUCGAUCCCAGUUCCGAGUGAUUCAGUUCCUCUAUUUCAGAAUAGAUUCCACCUUGGGCGGAUUACACCUUCCCACAUCAUUGAUAGCGACGAUUCGUAAGGAAAUUCGACGGGUACGGCGGAAAGGCACCAUAACCCUUUGACUAUUUCCCAGGACUGCUUCACUACCGGGCCAGACAGUGGCUGAAAGCUCACUGCCUGAGAUACGGACACACCUAUGAAAUUGGGAUCAGAAUAGCGAAGACUUCGAUAGUAUUCAUUACUGCGGUAAAAGAGGCAAGCGUGACACUCAGAAGGGUUGUCCUUAAUCAGGACCAUCCUCUGCUCCUUCCGUUUUAACUUGCCUUCGGGCGGAUCCAAAAGGAGAACAUCAUCCAUUGAGAAUGCAGGAGCAUCUGGAGUUGGUAGAUUGGUGUCUUCCAGGGGAGACUGGUAUGUCAAGGGACUAUCGCAACCAACUAGAGACCUACUAUGGGACUCAUGGACGCCAGGUAUUCCCCCGAAAUAACUUAUCCGCAUGGAACACCUGGAGUUCGCUGGUGUAUGGGAAGGGACUGCGAUCCCUUUAUUACCCCUAUCUCCACGAUGCUGGAUCUUUAUCAUACCUUUUCACUACAGGCCGAUCGGAACGUUCCAUUAACGGGCUACGUUCCGCGAUUUCGACGACGCAUAGCACGAUUCACGACACUCCGGUCAAUCAAGAGCCUUUGAUAUGCCAUUUUCUGCGGGGUAUCAAACCGUCCAGAACCAUGCGUCAAAGUAUCACUGGUGUGGGACUUUGAUUUGGUUCUUUUGGAGCUAGUCAGAAUAUCACGGUCCUAUCCCUCAGUCAGCCGUUAGCCAGAGUCACGUUACUUUAAGGUCUUUUCGUCGGGCAUCAGAUGUACUGGAGUUCGACGUAGACGGUCUUUUCGGUAUCACCGGAAAGAAUGAUUUCUACAGUGUCUCGUAGAACUAUAUCUUAUCCGCGUCCGUAUCGUUACCGACGGUUUCCCAGUCUUUGUGCAGUUAAAGCGGUACUUUGUUACAUGGAGAUCACGACAACACUUAGAAUGUCACAUUCAGGACAUCUGCUGGUCUUAUACCAACCGUACAAGCCAGUUACCAUGAACACUCUGUCUAGAUGGGUUCAUUGGUUAUCGCUAGCGAGGGUGGAGACGUGUUUGGGUACUCAUUCGGUAAUAGGCGCGGCUGCUUCUCAGGCCUUCGCGAGGGGGCCUCUAUAUUUUCAGCGAUGAAUUGGACACGGAUAGACUACUUCCGUAUAUUUAUUUUCGUCAACCACACACGCAUCCUUCUCGCUCAUACCACACCUUUAAAAAUGCAAAAUAUGAAGCCUCCUGUCAGGUGAUAAAAUUGUAGAUUAUGCUAACGUAGUGUACCUAUAAUCUUAAUUUUAAUAAUGACAGGAGGCAAAUAUUUUCCCUCCGUUUCCCUCCCUAUACUCUGGAAAUUUUUUAUAUUCUGGUUUGUCAUUUUCUCAGUGUAAAUUAUAAGGUUUUGGUAAUUCAGUAUAUUUAUGGGAUGCUUAUUUGGUUGAUAUGUGUUAGAUCCGUGUUGAUUAUUAAGUAUACUAUGGUUUGUUUAAUGUUUCAGUAUAUUAACUUAAUGUAAAUAUAGACACAUAGUACUGGAUUUAAUGUGGACAACAGUUGGUUUCCAUCACCUUUCACGUAUUUCUGUUCUUUUCAGCGUAAUCAUAGAUGGAUUCGACAAGAUAAAGCUGGAAGGUUUCAAGUUUCGUUUCAAGUUAUGUGCUACACGUUAAUCAGGACUGUUAUUUGAAUUCCCUGACGUUAUAAUAGACUGUUUUUCGCAUCAAAGAAAGAGGAAGUCAUGUGUCUGUCAGGGCUUUAUAUAUGGAUGUGAUGCCUGUUACUGAUUGGUUUAAAGUUUAUUGAUUGACUUGUGCUGCUGGAGGCAUAAAGUAAAGAAAGUUAUGCAAAAUAUUUGCCUCCUGUCAUUAUUAAAAUUAAGAUUAUAGGUACACUACGUUAGCAUAAUCUACAAUUCUUGAACAAAUCAGGAUGGAAAGAGAUCUGAGUUUACCUUAUCUGAAUUUGUGUAAGAAAUAUGAUAUGUGGGAUUAUUGGCUUACUUUGAUUGGGGAACCAGAUACCAAAAAUUUAAAACGUGCUAUAGAUUUUUAAACGCCCUGAAGCAUUCCAAAGAGGAGGAGAAAUAGGCCAGCCCAGGGUCCCCCCACAUAACAUCGGAGUCUAUGUUAUGUACGUUUUCGUCUUUUUAUAUGCUGAUUUGAUGAAUUAAUGUUAUUUGACAUAUUCUAGAGAUUCACUUUCAGUAUGAUAUUUGUAUUAUUUGUGAAAAAGUAUAAAAAAAAUAUGGUGUUUUUCUAAUUUAAGCAUGAAUAGCCUUAUUGGAGUGCAAUGUUAUAUAAUGGUCCAAUGCAGCAAUGCAUCUAAGACUCUUCUAAAUCAAAAAAGCCCAUUCUGUAACAUGUUUUCUUUUCUUUUUUUUUAAAGCUAUAUUUUAAAAUCCACGAAAAUAUGUCCAGGAUCACAUCUGAAUAUUAAACAGCUACCCCUUACGGGACAUAUAAUGAAGGUAAAGUGUUUUCUGUGAAAUUCUGUUUGAGUUGGUUAUUAUAAAAUGUAUUCUCCCCCCCCCCCUUAAAAGCAUAUCAGUUACCAUAUGGAUCUCUCGGCUUAAAGCUGAGGAAUCCGUGCAUCUUUGCCAUCCCCUCCGCAUUUUUUUUUCUAUUUCCACAAACUAUAUACAUAUAGUUUUUCAGAAAAACCCAUUUGUGCCCCAAAUGAUAUGUUGUUUUUGAAUGCAUUUGAAUUUGUAUCUUUGUCUGUAUAUACCUGGUUGUUCUAAGUAAAUCAUUGAACUAGGUAUAUUUUGAAAUUGUGACCCAGACAUUUCACAUUUAAAGGGACACUAUAGGCACUCAGAUCAUUUAAGCUCAUUGAAGUGGUCUGGGUGCACUGUCCCUGCCAGUUUAACCCUGCAAUUGUAAUUAUUGCAUUUAUUGAUACACUACAGGGUAAACUCCACCUUUAGUGGUUGUCUACCAGACAGCCACUAGAUGCACUUCCUGGUGGUUAGGCCAGGUCUGGUUGCCUAACAUGAGGAUAUCCAGCAUUAGCUAAAACCUCAUAGGAUGUGUAUUAAGUCCCCCAGCUACAGGGUGGGGGUGUACCAUGUAACAUGUCAUCGUCUGACUGUGAGGGUUCCAGCUCAUUCUCUUCUAGGGGAUGAUUGUAAACUCCCUGCACGCACACAAUUGUGGCAGGGCCUGCAUUACUUUGUACCCUUGUGCUUUUUAUACUGGUUCUGUUGUCUCUACAUUUGGGUUACAAGUUAAAAUUCUACCUUUGUAUUCCUGGUUUCUGAGUCUUUGGGAAGCAUGACAAACCAUACCUUCCUUGGGAAUACAUCAUGAUCCAGGCACCAUUUACCUUCAUGUUACUAAACUAGAUGACAAGAAGGGUUGUUGUUGUUUUUUGUGUGCUACUGAUGGUGUGUGGCAAAUAACUGGUUCAUCCUAUAAGGAUAUGUCCCUAUUUCCUCCACUUUUUUUUUUUUUUUUUACCAUUUUAUGUACAUUUUCAAGACCUAAUUCCACUGAACAGACUCUAAUCCUCCUUUUUGGUGCCUGUGUGUUACUGAUUCUUUUUUGUACAAUUUUGCAGCUGAAAAAGGAGUUGGUGAAUCUACAUGUUCAGAUAGAGCUCCUGUCUUCCCAGCUGGAGGAAUCUGAGAAGGCAAGAGAAAAAUCUUCAGAACCGCUUCCUAGCUCCUGGGAAAAAAAUGCAACUUUAGAGGCAGUGAAAUGAAUGAUAUAUGUGAUAAAUAUCCACACUCUUAUAAUUAGUCAAGCUUGUUCUUGAAGGGGCACUAUUGUUCAUUGUAAAUGUUCUUAAGCAGAGCAAUUGUCGGGGCUCUCUUGGCACCUGCAGCUUGGAUAAUGUAGAAGUGAACUAACGUAUUGCGCAUCUGACUUUUGAUGAUAUUGGCUUGCUCAGAAUGCUAGGGUAGCUCUUAGCAGAGUUGCUGGCAAAGCAGUUUUUUUUCCCCCUCAAACUGCUCCUAAACCAAGCACCCAAAAAACUCUUCUUCACAAUCACUUCGCCAUUAGCUGCAGAGGUUAAGGUGCCCCUUUAGUCUUGUUAAGAUAUAUUUAUGUUAUGCUGUUAUAAAAAAACUGCUAGAACUGUGAAUAAACUAUUAUGGCAAUAGUUUUAGGAUUGUAUUUCGUGCUUUGUUACGUUCAGUUAUGCCUUAAAUCAGGGGUGCCCAAACAAUAGGUCAUCAGAUGUCUUUGAACUACAGCUUCCAUGAUUCUUUGUCAUUGUAAAGUAUUCUAAAGUCAUGCAAAGCAUCAUGGUAGUUGUAGUUCUCCAUCUGGGGAUCUACCGUCUGGGCAUCCCUGCCCUAAAAUAACACUCCAAACCUACUGUACCUACCAUCCCACAGUAAGUAGACAAGCUAUUUUAGUACAGUUUGACAUUUUACCUGGGUCCCCUGGGACCUGCGCCUCAUCCGCUCUUCGCCUGCAAAAUAAAGCACAGCUGAUCCAGGGCUGAGACCACAGUUCUGCAUCUGUCUUUUGCUCUACAGAGAAUCUGGAUUCUCUUGCAGAAGAAGAUUGGGUGCAGGUGCCAAACAGGUCCCUGGUAAGUUGUUAAGUCACACUAAAAUGGUUUGAUUACUUACUGUGGGAUGGAACCAGCACACUCUUAACUACUAGAGCCCACUGCAGUGGUUGUGGUGGCAGGAGUCUUCCCAGAGUGAGAGAGUGCCAUGAUUUUACUUCUUACUGAGUCUGCCACUGAGCGAAGACCUGUAAUGCAGAGCCGACUCAUUGGCUAGUAAUGUCGGCUGUGUGCUGUCAGGCAAUGAGCGCAGUCCUGCACUGCUUGGUUGGCUCAGUGGCAGAGUUUCCAACUACAGCGGAGAAGGCACAGGCACUUUGCAGAUUGUACUGGUUAUAAUGAUUAGAGUGUUCCUUUACUACUUAUCAUACAUUUCAUGUUUUAUUAUAUUGGAGGGAAAAUCAAGUAUUUCCAUCUAUAAGAUGUUAAAUCUCACAAGUCGAGAAACAAUGAAUGUAAGUUGUUGGGUUUUUCCUCUUUAAGAGAGCAAAAUACCAUUACCAAAUUAUAAAUCUAGAUGUUAAUGCCCAACUACACAGUGACAAUUUAUUAAAAUACUGACACCUUUAUAUAUGAUGUGUCUAUACAGUGCUAAAAUACUUAAUUGCAUACAGACAAUCCUUGCAAGUUAACUGUUAGCAACCAAUAACUAAAUGUGUGUAUAGAUAUCUUUAUUUUGUCAAUAAAAAGACCUUAUUUUUUUCCAUUUGAUUGACAUUCAAAUAUAAAAUCUCACUGAUGAAUAAUAACCUAUUAGCAGGAUUCCCAACUUAAACUUGCUGUUUGCUUAUACUGCCUGCAGAGGGCAGCAUUUUAUCACUACUGUUGAAAAGGUGUAACUAAGCAACUAUAACCAGUCAGAGCUUGAAUGGUUCAGUUUAAGUAUUCUUGUCAUUAACAGCACCCAUGGGGUGACACUAAAUGCAUCUACAUCAAGUUUAUAGGACCCAUACAAAUUUAAAGAUGGAGCACUAAGGAACCAUUUGCACUCCACCUUUUUAGUUUGUAUUUGGGUAGGUGUUUAAGCUACAUAAUUUGUUUUGUAACAAUGUUUGCAUUCAGUUUUAAUUUUUCAGCCCAUAUAGCAAAGCACAUGAAACCAAGUAAUACCUAUGGUAGAACAUACAGAACGUGUUUCUCAUCCAGAAGUAUGCCACACCUCAUUCUAUAUUUAACACUAUAACCGUGCAGUUUGUUCAGUAUCCUGUUUCUGUGAUUACCAAAUUAAUUUUAUUUGUAGCUCUUAUAUUACACCAGUCCAAAACAGCUUCACCGAUGUGUGUUGGUAUUCCAUUCUUAGAAACGUCACAAUUAAAAUGUGCAACGUGUAUAAGCCCCAGGAUUGAGCUGCUUGGCUCCAACAAGGUACUAUGU